UCCACCUCCCCCCGGCCUCGGCCCCGGCGGCCCCCCUGGCCUGUGCAGAAACGCCCAGCGGCGCUCCAGGAUGCGCAACUUCAACUGGGUCACCAUCCCCAAGCAGAGCGUGGUGGGAAGGCACAACAUCUGGACGGUGCAGAAGCCCGCCGAGGAGUUUCAGCUGGACACCCAGCGCAUGGAGGAGCUGUUCAGCCAGGCCGGGCAGGGCCAGCAGCCCAAGCAGGCCCCCUCGCACAAGAGCGUGAGGGGGCUGCCCUCCUCUACGCAGGGGGGAGAGCUGGUGUCCAUUCUCGGCUCCAAGAGGAACAUGAACAUCGGCAUCUUUCUGAAGCAGUUCAGAAGGCCAGUGAGGGAGAUGGUGGAGGAUAUCUCCCAAGGGAACGGAGAGCCGUUUGGAACGGGCAAGCUGAAGGACCUGUUCAAGCUGCUGCCCGAGGACGGAGAGGUGAAGCAGCUUCUUGCCUUCAAAGGUGACCUGUCCCUGCUGUCGGAGGCCGACCUGUUCAUGGUCCUGCUGGUGAGGGUUCCUGGCUAUGAAGAACGUCUGAGAAGUUUAGUUCUCAGGGAGGAGUUUUCCCCCUUCAUGGAGGAGAUGAAGCAGUCCAUUGCCACCAUGACCACAGCUGCCCAAGAGCUGCUGGACUGUGAUGACCUUCAUUCUAUCAUCCGAUUGGUGCUCAAGACCGGAAACUACAUGAACGCAGGUGGCUACGCUGGCAGUGCCAUCGGGUUCAGAAUGGCCUCUCUCCUGAAGCUGGUGGACACCAGGGCAAACAAACCCGGGAUGAACCUCAUGCACUACGUCGUGAUGCAAGCAAAUAAGAUUGAUGGCGCUCUGCUCAGAUUCCCUGAUCAACUGCAGCACAUCGGGGCAGCGGCCAGGAUCCAGAAACAGGAAGUGGAGGCAGAGUUCCAGAGAGAGAAGAGUGCAGUGGAGGAGGCAAAGAGGGAUGCCAGGAAACAGCCGGAUCUGGAAGCUCAGAUGGAGGAAUUCCUGAGGGAAGCAGAGUCGCAGCUGGGCGAGGUGGAGGCUUCUUUUCAGGCCCUCGAAACCGUGAGCCAAUCGGUGGCGGAGUACUUCUGUGAGGACCCCAGCCAGUUCAGACUGGAGGAGUGCUGUGCCAUCUUCGACUCCUUCUGUGAGAAGUUCAUCCGGGCCACCCAGGAGAACCGCGAUCGGGAGAUGGCGGAGGUGAAGAGGAGACAGCGAGAGAGGCUCCACACCUCCAUCAAGCGCCGGUCGACGGCCACCUGCUCCAUCAACGACAAGGACAUGGAGGACGUGGCCCUGGAGUCCAUCCUGCAGAGGUUCGCCAGCGGCCGUGGCUCGCGCAGGAGGGCGGGGACGCCCUCGCCCACCAGCGCCAACCUGGCGAAGAUCGCCAUCAAGGAGAACUCCAUCCAGGAGGCGCCGGCUGCGCCCAACGCCAGUCCGGCCAUGGAGGCGCGAAAGAACAAGCACAACUUGGCCAGGGAGCAAACGGGAUGCCGUCCUCUUGAGGAGGUGCAGCCUCCACCCCCGGAUAAGGGAGAGAAGAGACAGAGCACUGUGAAAGAGGAGGAGGAGGAGGAGCCGAUAGUCGUGAAAAUAGAGGCCCCUCAAAAACCAAACCAGAAGUGUCCGGAAACACCUUCGAGAAAGAAGAGCGGCGUCUCUUCUCCAGAGAGACACAAGUCAGUGAAGAGUGAGGAGGAAGAGGAAGGACAGACUGAGGAAGAGGCGCAGAAGAUGCGGGACGUGUCCCGUAAGGUCCUGCGGUACCAGAACAGCAGGGGGAGCGUUUCGUCCGGGGAGCACUCCAUAGGGGACCUGCCACGGACGCCCAAAAGUGCCGUCAGCUCCCCUCGCCGCCAAAACUUUUCAGUGGAGCCGCCUGCAAACGGGGUCCCCUGGACCAUACUCAGCCCUCGCUUCACCCCCAGAAUGACCCCCACCUCCCUCAACCGCCGUCACACCCUCUCCAUCCCCCCCAAGAACGACAGCGACGAGGACGACCUGUGGAUGCUGCCCAAAGUCCCCGCCGCUCACCCUCACCUGGGGGCAGUGGGGAGAAUGAAGUCGGCCGACGUCUGCCUGCUGUCCCCCAAGCUGAAGGAGGCCAAAAGCGGGAAAACGCCCCCCUCGUCGCCCCCCUCGUCCCCCCCCGACGGCUCCUCCAAACAGAAAGGCCUGUCCGUCCGACCAGCGGACCUGGCCAAUCGCACCGGCCCCGCCGCGCACUCCGGCACUUUCCAGAAGGAGAACUCCCCAGGGAGCCGCACCUCGGUGAGGGGGCAGGCGGAGCCACAGAAGGAGGGCAAGGCCCUGGAGUGGGCCCCCAGAUUUCAGCUGGGCAGCAUCUUCCAGAGACGCUACAACUCGCGGUCCGCCCAGGCCGAGGAGAAGGCCGCGCCCGAGAAGCAGGAGACCUCGGCCUUCAUCUCCUUCUUCAGGCGCUUCGGGGAGAAGAGCAGGCCCGAGGAGGUGACAUCAGCCCCUUGGGUUUAG